CUGUUUUGGGGAGGGUUUGUUUUCACUGAGUGAGGCACCUGGAAGGCAUGCCGAAGGUGGAACCAGUUUGUUUGCUUUGGGGAGGGUAUGCUUUCGCUGAGUGAGGCAAGGGGUAGGCAGUCCUACAGGAGUACGGAACAGCAUGGACUGCUAACACUGUCACAACUUUCUCACAUCGGUGGUAAAACUCCUCGGUGGCAGAGUAACAAGAAACUGCAUGGUCAAAACAACCCAAUGGAGACUAAGAUUUAGACAGAAGAGCUUUUCAUAAAGGAUCAUGCCUGGUGUCCGCAGCGGGAGGAGGCUCUCUGAUGGGCUGAUGCUGGAGCAAUCAGAGGAAGGACAAUUGGUCGUUUCCAGUGUUGACGAUGGCUCCUUGGCCAAUCAGGGGCUGAAAGAAGGAGAUGAAAUUGUGGGUGCCACAAUCAACUUUGACCAACUUUCGAAAGACGACGUGUUGAAAAUACUGAGGUUGAUGGAUGAUAAUGGAUUUGAUGAGAAGGUUCAAGUUCUGACGAAAAAUAAUUUGCGCAAGAGUAUGGGGACCUUGGACAGCAUCAAAGCACCAGAGGAGAUGUUGAAGGAUUCCUAUAACAGACUCAAUGCCAAAAUAAAGAAGUUCAUGAAGGAGGACAGCUCUGGACAACCUACAGCUUCUGGGGAAAGAUGCUCUCCUAAUGCGCAGGUACCGAGACCUCUCUGGGCCAAGCCUGAUGUCAGAGGAACAGACUCUACAGUGACUCUCAAUACUCCUGGUGGAGAACUUUCGUUGCCUAAUGCCAACAUGAGUACAAGGGAUCUCUUCCUAGCUCAAUUGAAUGGGUCUAUAGAGGCUGAUCCUGAUGUCAAUAUCUCCAAUUUACCUUCAGUAGACCUUAAAGGUUCCAAAAUAGAUUUAGAAUUGCCAAAUUCAGACAUUGGCAUCCCAUCUGGGAAGAUCAAAACACCAAGUCUUGGUAGGGCUGACUUUGCUAUAUCUGGACCAAGAUUUAGGAAUCCAGACCUGGACCUCUCAGUGGAUGAGAUGUGUGUAUCAGAUAUCAGUUUGCCUGACCUCAAUAGUCCAGAUAUUGACAUACCCCCAGGUAAAUUCAAACUAACGAAACCACAUGCAGAACUCAAAGCUUCUGAUUUCGAUGUGAAUGCCCCCUCUGGUAAACUGAAGAUGCCCAAAUUUGAUAAUGAUGUAAAAACACCAAAGCUAAUUCUCAAAGCUCCCACGAUAAAAGGUGGACUUGAUGCACCUGACUUGGACUUACCCAAAGUCGACCUGAAAUCACCUAAAUUAGAUGUAAACACUCCAGAUAUUGACAUUGAUUCACCCACAGGGAAAUUGAAAAUGCCCAAAUUGAAAAUGUCAACAUUUGGAAUGAAGGGGCCACAUAUUGACAAACAUGGAGAUAUAGAGGGACCAGACCUGAACUUGUCAUCUCCCCAACUCAAGGGUCCCAAAGCAGACCUCAACAUUCCAGAUGCUGAUAUUGGCCGCCCAUCAGGAAAAUUCAAAAUGCCAACUUUCAAGAUGCCAGAUUUAGGUUCCUCUGGACCAAAAGUUAAGGGGCCUGACUUUGAUCUUUCAGCCCCCAAGUUUAAAGCUGGGAUUGAUGCCCCUGACAUGGAUUUACCAGACAUGGACCUCAAAGCCCCUAAAUUAGAUGUAAACUCUCCAGAUAUUGACAUUGAUUCACCCACAGGGAAAUUGAAAAUGCCCAAAUUGAAAAUGUCAACAUUUGGAAUGAAGGGGCCACAUAUUGACAAACAUGGAGAUAUAGAGGGACCAGACCUGAACUUGUCAUCUCCCCAACUCAAGGGUCCCAAAGCAGACCUCAACAUUCCAGAUGCUGAUAUUGGCCGCCCAUCAGGAAAAUUCAAAAUGCCAACUUUCAAGAUGCCAGAUUUAGGUUCCUCUGGACCAAAAGUUAAGGGGCCUGACUUUGAUCUUUCAGCCCCCAAGUUUAAAGCUGGGAUUGAUGCCCCUGACAUGGAUUUACCAGACAUGGACCUCAAAGCCCCUAAAUUAGAUGUAAACACUCCAGAUAUUGACAUUGAUUCACCCACAGGGAAAUUGAAAAUGCCCAAAUUGAAAAUGUCAACAUUUGGAAUGAAGGGGCCACAUAUUGACAAACAUGGAGAUAUAGAGGGACCAGACCUGAACUUGUCAUCUCCCAACUCAAGGGUCCCAAAGCAGACCUCAACAUUCCAGAUGCUGAUAUUGGCCGCCCAUCAGGAAAAUUCAAAAUGCCAACUUUCAAGAUGCCAGAUUUAG